AUGAUGGACCUGCAGAUCCACCUCUCCCCUCCCGACACCUCUCCCCUCCCGACGCGCAACUCCAUCCGGCACAACCUGUCCCUGCACACGCGGUUCAUCCGCGUGCAGAACGAGGGCACGGGGAAGAGCUCGUGGUGGAUGCUGAACCCGGAGGGCGGCAAGGCGGGCAAGGCCCCGCGGCGGAGGGCCGUGUCCAUGGACAACAGCACCAAGUACCUGAAGAGCAAGGGGCGAAUCAGCCGCAAGAAGGCGGGCCGGGGGGCGGGGCUCCAGGGCUCGCCGGAGCAGGGCAGCCCCGCGGGGAAGGGGGCGGCGGGGGCGGCGGGCGGAGGAGGGGGAGGCGGGGGCGCGGGCGCGGGCCCGGGGGAGGACUUCGACGCCUGGACGGACCUGCACUCCAGAGGAAGCUCCUCCUCCACGCUCAGCGGCCGGCUCUCGCCCAUCCUGGCCGAGGGCGAGCUGGAGGAGGAGGAGGGGGAGGAGGAGGGCGCGGGCGCGGGCGUGGGGUCCUGCUCGGCCUCCCCCCGGCUGUACCCCAGCCCCUCCAGCGCCCGCUCGCCCGCCCUGGGGGGCUGCCCCGCCGUGGAGCUGCCCCAGCUCACCGACCUCGCCGGCGCCAUCAGCCUGGAGGAGCGUCUCCUGGACGACGGCGGGUACCGCCAGCCCGCCCGCCACAAGCGCCCCGCCUUCCGCUACGGCCCCGGCGGGGCCCCGUACAGCGCCCCGGCCCCCCUGCCCCACUCCCUGCUGCGCCACCACUCGCCCAUGCAGACCAUCCAGGAGAACAAGCCGGCGAGCUUCCAGGGCUCUCUGCGGGCGUACGCGGGCGGGACCGCCCUGCAGAGCCUGCUCGCCGGGCCCCAGUACUGCCCCAAGGACCUGCUGCUCCGCCCCGACGCGGCCGAGCCCAUCGGCAUGAUGGCCCCGCCCCCGGCCAGCAACGGCCACAGCCACGCCCACAACCACCAUCAUCCCGGUCACCACCACAACCCCGCCCACAGCCACAGCCACAGCCACAGCCACAGCCACAACCCCGCCCACAGCCACAGCCACAACUCCGCCCACAGCCACAACCACAAUCCGAACCCCGCCCACAGCCACAGCCACAACUCCGCCCACAACCACAACCACAACUCCGCCCACGGCCACAAUCCGAACCCCGCCCACAACCACGCCCAUGUACACGGUGGUCGCCCCCGGCAACAGCCCCCGGCCCCCCGGGCGGGCGGCGGCCUCCUGCCCCAGCAGCCCUACGGCCUCAAGGCGCCCCCCGACCUCUACAGCCCCCCCUCCCACGCCCACGCCCACCUGCCCGCCUCCACCGCCCUGCCCCCCAACCCCGCCGGCAUGCUGGGGGCCCCCCAGGACUCCUGCCACCUGGCGACCGCCCCCCACCCCCGCCACCAGCCGCCCUACCACCUCGGCGGCGGGGGCCACGGCCACCACCACCACCAGGAGAUGGGCGACGUCCGGCACGGCCUCUACCACCACCACCACCACCACCCUCCCCCCGGCGGGGGCGGUUACCACGGCUACCACCACCCCUACCACCCCCCGCACCCCCACCACCCCCACGAGCGGCUGCCCGCGGACCUGGACCUGGACAUCUUCCACGGCAGCCUGGACUGCGACGUGGAGUCCAUCCUGCUCAACGACUUCAUGGACCCGGACGAGAUGAUGGACUUCAACUUCGACUGCUCCCUGUCCCAGGGCGUGGGCAUGGGCAUGGGCGUGGGCAUGGGCGUGGGGAUGGGCGUGGGCGUGGGCGUGGGGAUGGGCGGCCUGGCCGGGCCACAGCAGACCCACAACAACCAGAGCUGGGUCCCCGGCUGA